AUGGUCGUUUUGGGUGGUGCCGAUGAUCCGAGGCACAAAAUUGGUGACAGUGUUGUUGAUCAUUCACGCCAACAACAUCCAGCAGGAUUACCGGAGAAACCCAGUAAUGUCAGUCCAAAUAAUGACAAUGGAAAUCCAUAUGACCACAUGCAGAAUUCAGUCUCCGAUGCAUACAAGUACUACUACGAUCCACCAUCCGAAUCUGAUUGGCAGUCCACCUCAUCACCUUCCUCCACUCGACAAAUGCUUGGAGAUGAGCGCAGAAAUAUUGGCUCGUCUGUCCGCUCGUCAGUAGGAUCGUCAUCUCAUCAGAGGCCAUCAUCUUCAACAUCAAGACGUUUCACGGUGCCCUUUGUGAAGAAGAUCGACUGGAGCUCCCUGUGGGACAAGUCCAAGGAGUGGAUUCGGAACCCCAUGAACAUGGCUCUGUCCGUCUGGAUCCUCGCCGUGGGCGUCUCUGGCGCCAUCCUCUUCAUGGUAAUGACUAGGAUGCUCAACCGCGUCCUGCCAAGCAAGCCGCAGCGAGACACGUGGUUCGAGGUGAACAACCAAAUCCUGAACGCGCUCUUCACCCUCAUGUGCCUGUACCAGCAUCCAAGGAGGUUCUACCACCUCUCCCUCCUAUGCCGCUGGAGAGCCAGCGACAUGCAUCAGCUCCGGCAAGUAUACUGCAAGGAUGGAACCUGCAAGCCCAACGAGAGGAAGCAUAUGACGGUUGUCAUCCUGCUGCUCCACUUAAACUGCUUUGCUCAGUACGCUCUGUGUGGCCUGAACCUUGGUUACCGAAGACCACAGCGUCCGGUGAUUGGAGUUGCCCUCACCAUAUCGGUUGCCAUCAGCGCACCGGCCGUUGCCGGCCUGUACAAUAACCUCAGUCCUCUUGGCAAAGACUACGAGGCCCAGCCGGAGGCAGACGACGAAGAGUCACAGCUCCAACGGAAAACAACCGAGACCGAGAGGAGGUACUCAUUGGUGCCACGACAAGGCCAUGGCGAGUCCGCUGGCAACCCACCGCAGUGGGUCGGUGGGCUGUUCGAGGAUCUAUGGGAGGAUAUGUCGCUGGCAUACCUGUCGAUGUUCUGCAGCUGCUGCGUGUUCGGCUGGAACAUGAGCAGGCUCGGCUUGGGCAACAUGUACGUCCACAUCGCUACCUUCGUGCUCCUGUGCCUCGCGCCAUUCUUCAUCUUCGACCUGGCGGCCAUCAGCGUGGACGACGAGGCCGUCAGGGACGCGCUGGGGCUGGCCGGCGUCUUCCUCUGCGUGCUCGGCCUGCUCUACGGCGGCUUCUGGAGGAUCCAGAUGCGCAGGCGGUUCAGCCUCCCCGAGAACCGCGCCUGCUGCGGCAAGCCUGACCUCACCGACUGCAUGCUGUGGCUCUGCUGCUACUCGUGCGCUCUGGCGCAGGAGGUCCGCACGGCCGAUGCCUACGAGGUGGUGAUGGUGCAGGACACGCUGCAAGACAAGCGGACAAUACCGAUGCAUCACCGCCGCCAUCCGACUCUGCAGGAAGAGCUGUCGAUGAUGCAGGAGCCCCUCAGGUUUGCAGGUGCCUUCGCUCCGCCUCCUCUAACUCCAACAGCUGCUGCUGAUGCAAGAUCAGUAAACGACGGUGUCACCGUGCCCCCUUCGUCAGUGUCAGCUACACGUAUAUAG